ACUAAAGUAAAAGUGAAGAUAGAAAGAACAGAGUUCAAGGACACAUUGGAUCAUACAAAAGGGAAGUAGCAGCAGCAGUGUAUUUUAUGAUAAUGACAGACACAGUAAUGAGUUAAAAGCACAUGUGGUACAUGUACAUAAAAAGCCUCAUUCUCAUUCAUCAUCAUCUCCACCCUUCACACAACACUUUCACACUGUCAAUACAAAGCCAAACUCCAAACCAAUUAUUCAAGGCCAUGGAAGAAACAACAUCAACCAUCAUGGCAGCACUUUCAUCUCUCCCUUCUCACCACCUCACAAAUCUCACUAACUCCAUUCUCUCCUCCACCCGCCGCCACCACCACCGCCUCACUCUCCUCCUCUCUUCCCCGUCUCUCUUCUCCUUAACCCUCCGUCAUCUCCACACACUCUCUCUCCCCCAAAAAACUCUACUCAUUUCACGACACCUCCUUUCCUCUCUCCACCUUCUCACCCAAUCAAAAACCUCCACGUCACCUCUUCCACCUCCUGUUUCAACCUCCAUGAGAGACCGUGAACUCGACGCGGUCUUGCUCCUUCUCUUACUAUGCGAAACACAUAAACACAAUCCGGAAGCUCUAAACGCACCGUUUAGCAACUGGAGAUUGAAUUUAAGCAAAAUCUUCUCCGAUACAUUGUUAACGCUUUCUCACUCUUCCGCACCGCCGCUUGGAGCUUGUUUAGGAUCUGUUUUGAUUCCGUUUAUCGAAACAGUGAGUCGAUGUUGGAGACUGGUGGAUGCUUUAGCCUGCGACGGUGGCGGUGAUGAUGGAAAGGGAGAUAAGGAAGUGGCGGCUUCGGCGGCGACGGUGGUUUCUUUGCCGGCAGUUGGAGUGAGAGUUGGCGGGAGAGAGUGUGUGAUAUGUAAAGAUGAGAUGCGAGUGGGGAGAGACGUGUGUGAGUUGCCAUGUCAGCAUUUGUUUCAUUGGAUGUGUAUUUUGCCUUGGCUGGGAAAGAGGAACACGUGUCCUUGUUGCAGGUUUCGCUUACCGUCCGAUGAUGUAUUUGGAGAGAUCCAACGGCUGUGGGAAGUCUUGGUUAAAAUUGGUGCUAAACAGUAAACACUUAAUUUUAGUUUUUUUAUUUCUUACUUCACAAACAAAUCGAAGAAAGGUAUUUAGUUACUAUUUACGGUUAAUAGAUGAAAUGAAAGUGAAGUAGGGCCCACAGAGCACAGUUUAAGGCUUGUGAUAUAUAUGAUGAAGAAAAGAUGGCGUGGCAAUUGGUUGGCUUAAUAUGGCAUUUUGCAUACAUAUUAAUUUGUUUGGAUUUUGAUGUUUCUGACCUUAGAGAGGGACUGUUGUGGUAGAGGACUAGGAGGGGAAAUUGAAUGAUUGUGUGGAUGAUUUAAUUAAUUGGGUGGAUAUAAAAUAUACAAAUGGGAGGUUCUUAUUAUUAUCUUGUAUUUUAUAGCUAUAAAAAAUUGUCAUAAUAUUGUAUGUACAUUAAUACUAGUAGACUAGGAAACAUGUUAAUGAAGGAUGAUUGGAUGAAGAUAAACUAGAAUGGUGCUUUUAGGAUGACUUGUGAGGUUUUGGCAGAAUUGUUUCAACUAUGGUGAUGUGUGUUUGAAGUCUGUGGCAGAAGUUUCUUAAAUUGUUGGUAGUUAAGUUGAUUUGUAUUAAUUGCUAAUUUGUCAUUAGCCUCAUGUGUGAGGUCAAUGAUUUUAUGUGCCCGAGUACAAACAAACAAUUCCUGCUUACCCAUUCUCCUUUAAUUGAAAUGUAAUUUACACAUUUUGUGCGGCAAACAUUCUAUCUGCAAUAACUCUAUACCUAUCCAUGUAGUGUAGACAUUGGGUUGACGUUUGUUAGUGGUGGAGGCAGAACCAUUGCAUUUUUAUUUUAUUUUCCAAUUAAAUUGGAACGCCAAUAUUUCGCUAUUGGAUUAAUGAUCAUCCUGUUCUAUUUUUCUGGUAAAAUCGUUUUGGACUUGUACUAGAAUAGUUAUUUUAACUUUAUACUUAGUUCUAUUUUUAUCACUUUGUCAAAA